AUGAAUGCCUCCGAUCCCCUCGAUUUGGCUGAAGUGGCCAAGUCCCACGCCGCCACCCAUGAUAUUGGUCUGGAUGAGAAGCUGGACCCAGUGACUGUGACCAGCGGCACCGACGGAUCUUAUGAUGAGGCUCUCGAUCGGGUCUAUCCUACUGAUGAGGAGCUGAAUACACUUCGUCGUAUUUCCGACAAGGUUCCCUGGUCGGCAUACACCGUUGCCUUUGUGGAACUGUGCGAGCGUUUCUCGUACUACGGAACCACCGCCGUUUUCGUCAAUUUCCUCCAGCGACCUUUGCCAGAUGGAUCCACCACUGGAGCUCUCGUUGCAGGCACCUCUGACUGGAGCAAUGGUUCACCGGGAGCUCUGGGUUUGGGCCAACAGGCCUCUACUGGAUUGACUUUGUUCAACUCUUUCUGGUCUUACUUCAUGCCCCUUCUCGGUGCCGUUAUCGCUGACCAGUACUGGGGACGAUUCCGCACCAUCCUCACUGCUAUUGGUUUCGCGCUUCUCGGUCACACGAUUCUGAUUAUCUCUGCCAUUCCUAAGGUUAUUCAGAACCCCAACGGAGCAGCCGGAUGCUUCUCCAUUGGACUGAUCAUCAUGGGUAUGGGAACCGGUGGUUUCAAAGCCAAUAUCUCCCCCCUGAUUGCAGAGCAAUACCGCGAGGACAAGCCUUUUAUCAGAACACUCGAGACUGGUGAACGUGUGAUCGUUGACCCGGCUGCUACCGUUGCCCGAAUCUACAUGUACUUCUACAUGAUGGUCAACAUUGGUUCCUUCGUCGGUCAGAUCUGCAUGGCCUACGCUGAGCGUUAUGUCGGCUUCUGGUUGUCCUACCUCCUCCCCACUGCCAUGUUCUGUCUCUGCCCCGCCGUUCUGCUUCUAUGCAAGAAGAGAUACCAUUUGACCCCUCCCACUGGAAACACCUACACCAAGGCAUUCAGACUGUCGAUGCUGGCCAUGAAGGGACACUGGUCUUUGAACCCCGUGCGAUGGUUCGGCAAAUCAUCCCAGACCGACAGGUGGGCGGCUGUCAAGCCCACUGCUCUUGGGGCCAACAAGCCGGUGUGGAUGGAUUUUGACGAUGCGUGGGUUGAUGAAGUUCGACGUGGACUGCUUGCUUGCCGGGUGUUCUUGUGGUACCCCCUGUACUGGCUCGCUUACAACCAGAUGCUGAACAACUUGACUUCCCAGGCCGCUACCAUGAGACUUGGAGGUGUUCCCAACGAUAUCAUCAAUAACCUGAACCCCAUUGCUCUUAUUAUCUUCAUUCCCAUCUUUGAUCGGCUCGUCUACCCUGGCCUGCGCAAGAUGGGCAUCAAGUUCUCUCCUUUGCGAAGGAUCACCGCCGGCUUCUGGAUGGCCGCCCUCGGCAUGGUCGUCGCCGCUGUCACUCAACACUACAUCUACAAGUUGGGACCUUGCGGUUCCGACGCCAACAGAUGUCUGGAGGAGGAGGGCAAAUACUCCGACAUCUCCGUUUGGAUCCAGGCUCUGACAUACAUUCUGGGUGGUAUUUCGGAGAUUCUUGCCUCCGUCACCUCUCUCGAGUACGCUUACACCAAGGCGCCAAAGAACAUGCGUUCCCUCGUACAGGCCGUCUGCAUGAUGAUGAACGCCUUCUCGGCUGCGCUCGGACAGGCCCUGGUCCCUCUCGCGACGGACCCCCUCCUGGUUUGGAACUACACUUUGGUUGCUCUUCUCGCCUUCCUUGGUGGCGCUGGAUUCUGGUUAACCAACUACAAGUUGGACGCCGAGGAGGACCAGAUGAACAUGUUGCCCGACAGCAACUACAACGCUCAGGUGGAUGUCGACGAGGAGCGUAAGUAG